UCGUGGUAGGCAUUACAUCUCAUUCGCCAAAAGCUACCUGCUUCUGAUGGUAUAAGGAAUAAUUUUAUAAUGUUUUUCACUGAUAUGGCUAGAAGCUAAUGCGGAUGGAAAAUAUAUCGUAAACAACAAACGCUUGUUAAUUUAUUUAUUUUUCAAAAUGGAACAAAGAGCGCGUUCGUCGUGGCGUCUUGGCCUUGUGUAUAUGACAAUGGGAAUAUUCUUUUGGAGAGGGGUCUGCGCGCAAAUACGAUAUUCUCUUUCUGAGGAGCAAAACGACGGAACUGUUGUUGGCAACCUUGGUAAGGAUUUAGGUCUAGACCUUAGAUCGUUAAAGGAAAGAGGAUUUAGGAUCGUUACAACCUCCGGCGAUUCCCUGUUUACGGUGAAUCAGAAUGAUGGGGUGUUAUAUGUAAAUGGCAAAAUAGACAGAGAGGUGGUGUGCGAGAGAACGAGUGCUUGUAUUAUUAAUUUAAAAAUUGCCCUGGAAAACCCUUUGGAGAUUAAUUACGUGACCGUUGAAAUUGUGGACGUGAACGAUCAUGCCCCAACAUUCUCAGAGAAGGAAACGCGAUUGGAAAUAUCUGAAUCUGCAUUACCUGGAGCGCGCUAUCAGUUACAGGCAGCGCGCGACCCCGAUGGCGGCACGAACUCUGUUCAGCAAUACAAACUCAGUCUUAAUGAUCAUUUCCGGAUUGAGAUCAAAGAUCGCGGAGAGGAUCGAAAAAUGCCGUUUUUAGUGCUUCAAAAGCCACUGGACAGAGAGAGUAUCAACAGACACAAACUGCUGCUCACCGCGCUCGACGGAGGACGACCACCGAAAACCGGGACUAUGCAGAUAAUAGUGGACGUUUUAGAUGUUAAUGACAACAUGCCAAUAUUCACACAAGACGUUUACUCUGUAACGCUAAUGGAAAAUGUGCCCGUGGGGACAACUGUUAUUCAGGUUAACGCGACUGACAUGGAUGACGGUACAAACGGUGAAAUCUUUUAUACCUUUGGAAAUGAAAUAGACAGUAGGCUUUUAAAACUUUUUGAUUUAAAUUCCAAUACUGGAGAAAUGACUGUGAUAGGUCCUAUAAAUUAUGAGGAGAUGAAUAGUUAUGAAAUAGACAUACAGGCAUCUGACAAAGGAAUUGUUCCUCUCACAUCAGAUAAGAGUAUAACCAUAAAGAUCCUUGAUGUGAAUGACAAUGCACCUGAGAUUGAAGUGACAUCAUUUUCCAGUGCAGUGCCUGAAGACUCUAAAGUAGGAACCACAGUGGCUUUGAUCAGUGUUAGUGAUUUGGACUCUGGUGUAAAUGGUAAAGUGUUGUGUUUCAUAACUGAAGACUUCCCUUUCAGGCUAACACCAUCAUCCCAAGAUAACAUUUACUCACUGGUUACAGCCUCCACUCUUGACAGAGAAUCUGUACCACGUUAUGACAUCACAUUAAUAGCCAAAGAUGCUGGGCAGCCGCCGCUGUCUUCUGUUAAAACUAUAACUGUGCAGGUGUCAGAUGUGAAUGACAACAGUCCAGUGUUCAGCUCUUCCCCUUAUGCCUUUUAUGUGAUGGAAAAUAAUGUCCCAGGCAAAUCUUUAUUUUCUGUGUCUGCUGCUGACCGUGAUUUAGAUGGAAAUGCCAUCAUUAACUAUAACAUUUGGAGAGACUCUGGAAAUGAAAACAAGUAUACAUCUUUUACUAAUAUUAACUCAGAAAAUGGAGAGAUUUAUGCGCUGAAGAGUUUUGACUUUGAAACUAUAAAGACAUUUCAGUUCUACGUGCUCGCUACAGAUUCUGGAUCUCCAUCUCUGAGCAGUAAUGUGACAGUGAACGUGUUUAUUCUGGAUCAGAACGACAAUGUUCCAGUGAUCUUAUAUCCAGUGAGUGCUAACGGUUCUGCUGAGGGUGUGGAGGAGAUUCCCCGCAAUGUGAACGCAGGUCAUUUGGUCACUAAAGUCAGAGCCUAUGAUGCAGAUAUCGGAUACAACGGCUGGUUGUUAUUUUCACUGCAGGAAGUUAGUGAUCACAGUCUGUUUGGUUUGGACCGCUAUACAGGACAGAUUAGAACCCUUCGCUCUUUCACAGAAACAGACGAGGCCCAGCAUAAACUGGUCAUACUGGUGAAAGACAAUGGGAACGUUUCUCUCUCAGCAACAGCGACUGUGAUUGUGAAAGUUGUGGAGCCCAAAGAGGCUUUUGCAGCUUCUGAUGUUACAAACGCAGUGAAAGACGAAGAAGAAAACAACGUGACGUUUUAUUUGAUCAUCACAUUGGGCUCUGUGUCAGUGCUUUUUAUCAUCAGUAUCAUUGUGUUGAUUGUAAUGCAGUGCUCUAAAUCUUCAGACUAUUCGUCUAAGUAUUUACAAGAUGUGAAUUACGACGGGACUCUGUGUCACAGCAUUCAGUACAGAUCUGGAGACAAACGGUACAUGCUAGUUGGGCCUAGAAUGAGUGUUGGUUCUACUCUAGCACCUGGCAGUAAUAGGAAUACUCUAGUGAUACCAGAUCGCAGGAGGAGAGAUUCUGGAGAGGUUAGAGGUGGAAUCUGUGAUUUGGAAAAUGUUAGCUUUAGCCUGAUAGCAGCACUGAAGGCAUACAAUCCUCCUUCCUGCAAAUUGCUGUCCAAUGCCAAAUCUACUACAAAAUGUGCAGUAGACCAGAAGCAAGACAAUGCGGAGAAGGCAAUUUAG